AUCCACCCGCCAUGCUGCGCGCCGUGAUCGCCUUCGCCGCAUGCGCUGCUGCCUCCGCCUUCGCUCCCACCCUUCCCAGCGCUGGAGUCAGGGCCAAGACCUCCGCUGUCUCUGGCAUGAAGAUGCAGCAGAUGUCCCAGUCCGUCCCCUUCCUCCCCCGCCCCGCCGCGUUGGAUGGCAAGAUGGUCGGAGAUGUUGGAUUUGACCCGUUUGGCUUCUCCUCCAAGUACGACAUCAAGUGGCUCCGUGAGUCUGAGCUCAAGCACGGCCGUGUUUGCAUGCUCGCCUCCUUGGGAUACAUUGUGCAGGAGUUUGUUCACCUUCCUUUCGAGGCCACCUCCAACCCCGUUGGAUCCGAGGCCUUCUACCAGGUUCCCGCUGGCGGACUCUGGCAGAUCUUCGCCUUCAUCGGCGCCAUUGAGCACUUCUCCCACAACUUUAAGAUGUCUGGAUCCACCAUGUUCUCUGAUGGACGCACCCCUGGAAACUUUGGAUUCGAUCCCCUUGGCUUCGGCAAGAACCCCCAGGCCCGCGCUCGCUACGAGCUCGCUGAGCUCAAGAACGGACGCCUUGCCAUGCUCGGAUUCUCUGGAAUGAUCCACGGAUCUUUCAUCACCGGCAAGGGCCCCAUCAACGCUCUCCUCACCUUGGACUGGCACCAGAAAUUCAACUAAAUGUAGCUAAUACUAGAAUGAUUAAACCCUGAAAUGUAC